AUGGACAAGCUCAACUAUGAUAUUUGGCGUGAAUUGUUUGAGACACACUGUCUCUCGUUUGGUGUUUCUAGUCAUCUUGACGGCACCUCUUCUCCCUCUUCUGAUACCGACACUAAGUGGAAAGAACGUGACGGUUUGGUGAAGAUGUGGAUCUAUGGCACUAUCUCUGAGUCUUUGCUUGACUUUGUUUUAAAGAAAAAGUGCUCUGCCCGUGAGCUUUGGCUCUAUGUUGAGGCUCUCUUUCGUGAUAACAAAGACGGUCGUGCUCUCCAGCUUGAAAACGACCUCCGUACCUUGGUGAUUGGUGAUCUCAACAUUCAUGAUUUUUGCCAGAAGUUGAAAUCAAUCUCUGAUUUGCUGGCCAAUAUCGAUUCCCCUGUCUCUGACAAAGCUUUGGUGAUGCACAUGGUGAAUGGUCUCUCGGAGAAGUUUGACAAUAUUGUCAAUGUGAUUAUUCACAAAACACCUUUCCCGUCGUUUUCUGAAGCUCGUUCUAUGUUAUUGAUGGAGGAGUCUCGCCUUCAAAAACAGCAUCGAGCUUCUUCAACCUCGACCCUUGAUGUCUCUUCUCCCAAUGUUCUACUUACAUCUGCAUCAUACUCUAAUCCGUCACCACCUUCUCCUCAUAACCACCAACAACACCACCAUAACAAUUCUGGUCGUGGUCGCGGUGGUUCCGGUCGUGGUGGUCGCAACAAUCGCGGACGUGGACGUGGAUGUCACCAUUCGUCGUGGGAACAUAAUUAUCAACCUCCGCCUCCCUCCUGGUUUCACCCUUCCAUGUCUUAUCCGUCGUGGACUCCUCCAGCUUGGCCACCUUCGCCGUACUCUUAUGGCACUCCUCCGUCGUAUGGUGCAUCGUAG